UUGGCUAUUACAUUGCACUUGUGACUCACAAUAGCAAAUACCUAAAUAAUUAACCAAAUCAAAAGCCACAUAAAUAGAAGAGCCAAAGAGUUGAAUAGGCUCAUAUGCCUAGUUUUCUAAACCUUCUUUAUUCUUUCCUAAGACCAAGAUCAAAUAAGCAUAAGCUCCUUCAAGUUUUCUUUCUAUUUUUUCAAAUUUUUUUUAUGGACCUUGAAAUUUGAAAAAGCAGUGUCAUAUAGGAGGAGUAGUAUUUCAUAGAUAAACGUGAGAAAGCAUUUAAACCCUUUUAACUGUCCCUAGUACACAGUACACAAAACAGUUUUAUCAUCAUCUUUUUUCCUCUUCUUUGCAUGAAACAGAGUCCUCUGUUAUCUCCUCUGCAUGAAAAACAGAGUACUCUGUUUUCAUUGUUGCAAUGAAAUACAUUCGGACCAGCAGCUUGAAGAGGCUCUUCUCUCUGAAAAGGCGUAGUUUUGGAGACCAUUUUUUGGGUUCAGAGAAUUUGGUUGGAAAAGGAGGGUAUGCAGAGGUAUACAAGGGAACACUGAAGGAUGGAGAGAAGAUUGCAGUGAAGAGGCUCACAAGAACUUGCAGAGAUGAGAGGAAAGAGAAAGAGUUUCUAACAGAGAUUGGUACAAUCGGUCAUGUCCACCAUAACAAUGUUUUGCCUCUUCUUGGUUGUUGUAUUGACAAUGGCCUUUACCUUGUUUUCAUGCUAUCUACCAGAGGCUCUGUUGCAUCCCUUCUUCAUGAUGAAAAGUUGGAUACUUUGGAUUGGAAAACAAGGCAUAAGAUAGCUGUUGGAACUGCACGUGGCCUCCAUUACUUGCACAAAGGUUGCAAGAGAAGGAUAAUCCACCGAGACAUUAAGGCAUCAAAUAUUCUUUUGACAGAAGAUUUUGAACCUCAGAUAUCUGAUUUUGGAUUAGCAAAAUGGCUUCCAUCUCAAUGGAGUCAUCAUUCAAUUGGCCCAAUAGAAGGGACAUUUGGUCAUUUGGCACCAGAAUACUAUCUGCAUGGAGUUGUGGAUGAGAAGACAGAUGUAUUUGCUUUUGGUGUGUUCUUGCUUGAACUCAUUUCUGGAAGAAAACCGGUUGAUGGGUCUCACCAAAGCUUGCAUACUUGGGCAAAACCAAUAUUGAAGAAAGGGGAGGAAGAGAAGCUUGUGGAUCCAAGGCUUGAAGGGGAGUAUGAUGGAGGAGAGUUAAAGAGACUUGCCUUUGCAGCAUCCUUGUGCAUUCGAGCUUCUUCAAUUUGGCGACCAACCAUGACUCAGGUAUUAGAGGUAAUGGAAGAGGGUGAAAUUGACAAAGAGAAGUGGAAAAUGCCAGAGGAAGAAGAAGAGGAAGAUGAAGAGGAAGAGUUUUGGGGUUUUGAUGAUCUUGAAUAUGAAUAUGACACUUCAUUAUCAAUGUCACUACCUGAUUCCACUGCAAGUACAUAUAUUUAGGUUAAAUUUUAAAGAGUUAGGUGCCACUUUCAAUUAUUACCCUUAAUAGUGACACUAGCUAGUAGUGUAUGUAUAUAUGGAUGAUGAUAUGUUAAAACUUAAAAGAGCAUUAUUCUUUAUUGUUAAUUUUUAUUUUUAAGUUUUGGGGGGUGUGAAAUAUUUAUUGAUAAUUGAACUUCAUUAUGUCGGCAACGUGAGAGGAAAAUGACAGAGUAAAGUUGUUUUCCGCCACUAAUCAUUAUUGAAUGGUGAAAUCUUUAUGUGAAACAAGACACUCAUAAUUGGUUUUA